UGCAGGAUGGCAAUAGAGAGUGGAUAACAAUAAUCGCAGCGAUCUGCGCUGAUGGUUCAACGCUGUCGCCAGGCAUCAUCUUCACAGGCAAGCCUAACGGCCUACAGCAGUCCUGGUUGGAGGACCUAGACGUAGGAAGAGACUCAGUAUUUGCUACUGCUAGGCUUCUUCUUAAACUUCUUGAGUAUUACAGCUAAAUUUAGUGGGGAUAUGCCUGUGGCUUUGAACAAGCUUAGCACAAGCUCAGAGGUGAAUGU